GUGGUUGUCAUACAUAGCUACCUCACUCACACACUGAUUCUGCAUCGGAGGAGCGUGGGUUAAACGCUGACUGCAUGCUACCCACUACCCAGUAUCCACCCCCAUCCCACCCCCUCGCUCUCCCUCUCUCAGCUGUGUGUACGAGUACCUGCCAUGCGUGCGUGUGUGAGUGGGCGCGUGAGUGUGCCAUGCCGUUGGUUGUCCUAUGCGGAUUUCACAGUUGCUGCCCGCCUCGUGUCUCGCAACUUCACCCGAAAAGGAACAGACUACGAGUCCCUUCGGAAUUCCACUGCCGUUCCACGCACGGGGCUGAAGCAUGGCAUUCUGCUUGUCUGGCCUCAUUCGGGAAUAGCCUACCGAUAGCUCCCUUACUCGCUGCAUCUCUGUGCUACGGUUCAGUGCUGCUGAUACCGGUGGUUUAGUACUGCUGGGGGAAUACCGACACUGCAGAGAGAGGGAAGGAGCGGAGAGGAGGAUGGUGCCUGGUGUAGGAGGAGGGAGGUGAUCAUGGCAGAGUGGUGCCUCUGACCCCCUCUCCAAAGAGCGGAGACUCUACUGCCUCAACUACCUCCCUCCUCCUCCCUCUUAUCCCAAACCCCUUACCCCACCCCGUCUAACACUUACCUUACACCCCUAACGCCCCCCCCCCCCAACACGAGUCACCAUGACGACCUCAGCUUUGCGUCGCCAGGUGAAGAACAUCGUUCACAACUACUCUGAGGCAGAGAUCAAGGUGCGCGAGGCGACGUCCAACGACCCGUGGGGCCCCUCCUCCUCGCUGAUGUCAGAGAUCGCUGACCUCACCUUUAACGUGGUGGCGUUUGCUGAGGUCAUGGGCAUGGUCUGGAAACGCCUCAAUGACCACGGGAAGAACUGGAGACACGUCUACAAGGCCCUGACGCUGCUCGACUACUUGAUCAAGACCGGCUCAGAGAGAGUGGCUCAGCAGUGCCGCGAGAACGCAUUCACCAUACAGACGCUGCGUGACUUCCAGUACAUGGACCGUGAUGGCCGUGACCAGGGGGGCAACGUGAGGGAGAAGGCCCGCCAGCUGGUGUCUCUUCUCAGGGACGAGGAACGGCUCAGACAGGAGAGGAGCCAGGCAUUGACGACUAAAGAACGCAUGACGGCUGGAACGGGGACGGGGGGCGGAGGAGGAGGGACGGGGGCGGAGGAGGAGGGACGGGGAGGAGGAGGGACGGGGGGAGGAGGAGGAGGGACGGGAGGCGGAGGAGGAGGGACGGGGGGAGGAGGAGGGACCGGACAUGGAGUGGUACCGCCAGCGUACCAACCAGGGCGAAGGACCAGCCAGCCAAAUGUGGCAGCUGUCUAUGGGGAAGAGUUCAUCCGCUCCCGGGGCUCGCCCUCCUCCUUUAACUCCUCUUCAUCCUCUCCUCGUGAAGCGUCUGAUCUAGAACAGGCCCGCCCCCAGACCAGCGGAGAGGAGGAGCUACAGUUACAGCUGGCCCUGGCCAUGAGCAGAGAGGAGAGCGAGAAGCUGGCCCCGCCUCCUCCCAUUGCUAUGGAGACAGAUGACACACAGCUACAGAUAGCUCUGAGCCUUAGCAAAGAGGAGCACGAGCAGUGUCUCCAUGGUAACUGUGUUGAUGAUGUCACCAUGCCGCCUCUGCAGGACCAGCGUUGUCUCCAAGGAGAUGAGUCGUUUCUGCAGAGAGUCCUGGAUGAGAGCAGGAGGGCCAGUCACACAGGGGAGUCCGCCAUGUUGGAUCUGGUGGAUAUCUUUGGCCCCUCUGAGGCUCCGCCCCCAGCUGACGACCUCUGGAACGCCCAGCCUGCUGUGACCUCUGACCCCUGGGACUCUGUGGCGCUCCACUCCAACGCUCCUGUGAUUGGUAGUCCCUGGGCGACCCGGCCCUCCUCCAGCAGCCCAACCAAUCCCUGGGCGUCGUCACGCUCUCCCACCUGGGAAGCUCCGCCCACAUCAUCCAGCCCUGUCAUUCAAGGCUGGGAGAGCCCGCCCCCUCUUACAGGGGACGGUACUGAUAGGACGGAUCCCUUCUCUGUCAGGGAGGAGGAGGAGUGCAAAGGAGAGGAAGGACCACCUCAACCUGGCAGUCCUACUGGCCCAGACCUGUUUGGGGAGCGUGUUCUGUCCCCCGAGGUGAACGGGCGAGGGGGGGGCAGUCCAGAGAUGUUUGACCUGUCCCGUCUCGCGGCCCCCAAGGGCUCCGCGGCCCCCCGGAUGUGUCGCACCCCAGAAGCCUUCCUGGGACCUACGGGGGCGUCGCUCGUCAACCUGGACGCACUCAUCCCCCAUAAUCCUCCUAGCAGGACCCACAACAACCCCUUCCUCUUAGGUCUGAGUGUUCCCUCUCCCACCAACCCAUUCCACUGUGACCAGCCCCGUCUCACACUGAACCAGAUGCUUCGUCCCUGUUCCACCUCCCCACUCCCCCCUCACACCCUCCCCUACAGCCCCUCUCUCCCCCUCCCUCUCCCACACCACACCCAGCCCUCCCCCGGCCUCCUGGACCUCCCCUCUAACCUGCCCCAUCCCCUCCUCCCCCUCUCCCCCGCCCCGGCCCACCGCGUCCCACCCCAGUCUCACACACACAGCCACAACCCCUUCCUCUGA